AUGACUUCACGUCUAGAUCAAAUAUUCUCAUUUGUCAAUGAGAUAGAACUACGAACAAACAGAUUGACUUCUGUUGUCAAUGAUUCAAACGAUUUAAUCAACUCCAUCACAACAUUAAAUGCCAGCACUUUUGAAUUCGACGACACUAUAGAUGAUAUCCGAUUAUUAAUGAAUAAAAAUAAUGAAAGUAUUAGUGAAUUUAAAAAUUUACAUGAAAAGGCAUUUUAUUUGGAAUCAAAUUUGUUGCAUAAUGACGAAAUUACUAAUCAACAAUCAUUUGAACAUAUAACACAUGAAUACAUGCACUUGAUGGGUCAACUUCUGGAAAAUGAUAAAUAUAACACUCAAGAUCAAACACCAACUAAUACAUCAACAAGGGAAGAAACACAGCUAGAAGAGAACUUGCCACAACAGUCCCAUUAUUUCUCAGACGAGCCACAGCAUGAAGAGCAGCCACAGGAGCAAGAAGCUUUUUUUAAUCAUUCAAACCCUCCUGACCUUAAAAAGAUGAUUUCUAUAUCAAAUUUGAAAUUAAAGCCAAUGAGGUGUACUUCCACUACCAGUCCAACUAUUUCUAAGAAAAAAUCUCGAUAUCGAUUAUCCAGCAUAUAUAAUAUUAACCCCAUUGCAUAUGAAGACUCAACAAUGGAAACAUCAGUUGCCACUUCAUCCACAUCUUCUGGUGAACAAACAAUUACAUCAGACUCUAACGAAGCCGAUCAUUCGAGAAUGCAAAAUAGUGUAACCUAUUCAUAUGAAACAUUGGAUUCCCAUAUUAUGAACGGAACAAAUGCAUUGCAUGGAAACAUGACUCCAGUCAAAGGUUCCCCUCCAGAUACGGGAGCACCAAAUGACACCAAAGUGAUAACGAGAGGGAGAUCCAACUCUUUGCCCACAACUUCUACUAAAGAUAAUUCAAUCCCAGACAAUGAUUUCCUUAAAGAAUUUGAUUGCGAAGAUGAUAUACUACGGUUGAACAGACUAAAGCAUUUUAUAAGCGUGAGCAACCUUCCUGGGAAACAUUAUUACGACCAUGAUGAUCAGGAUGAUACAGGAAGCGACUACAACCAUAAAGAUGAUAUUUUCUUUGAUGAAAUAUACACUCAAUCUCCAACUCCACAAACACGACGAAAUAAUAUUAAUGAUGGGAACUACGAUGUGGUGUCAAUUGUAUCCGACUUUUCCUACUAUUCUCCUGAAAAGCAAGAACAUCAUCAGGAACAACUACAACAUCUGGGGACAGGAAAUGAUGAUAUAUUUGAUUAUAAUGAUUUUAGUGAAUUUUUGAGAAAAUCACGACUAGAUUUGAAUAAAGAUUUACAACAAGCUUUCCCGCAUUUAAUGCCACCACCUCAAGUUAAAGAGUCACAACGAUAUAAGUUUCAUAAUCCAAUUGAAAAACUGUUGACUUCGUCUAUGAUAUCAACGGCGACUCUUGAUGUUCAAGCAUCUGCAAUAAUGAAUAACAAGACGGAUCACGAUAGUAAUAGAUUGCCUUAUAAAGCUGGAACUACUUCAGCAUCAAUGGGAAAUACUGCAUUUGCAUCAUCUUCACCAUCUGCUUCAUCAAUAUUACAUUCUUAUAUGCAAAAACCUACGACACCACACAAACCUAAUGAACCAGCCAAUACAUUUUCAUUUAAUGACGGGUUUUUCAAGUUGUAUCAUUCGAUAUCAGAUACCCCUAAAAAACCCAAUACAACACCUCCAAAAAUCAAAGAAUUGAAAAAAUCUAAAAUGAUUAAAAGUAAUCCUAUACUGAUUCCCAAUGAAGCUCAAUUGAAACGAAUCCCACCGUCAAGGACUGAUGGAUCAGCUUCAAAAUUAAUAAUUGGCUCAAAUCAUACAAGAACAAUAAGACAUGGCGAUGGUUCGAUUUUCAAAAAUCCAGUAGCCAAAUCUUAUGAUUAUUCUGCAUUAAGAGAUGCAUUGGCAUCCAGCAUAUUAGAUUAA